AUGAAGGUGCUUUUCUGGAAUGUGCGUGGCUUGUCAUCCUCGUGUCGCAGGCUUCGCCAAUUAAUUAGACACGAGAAGGUCAACUUAGUUUCUAUUAGUGAACCUUUUCUUACUGCUGAUCGUAUUGAAGAUUUCGCAAGAAAACUCAAUCUCCAAUUCUCCUUUGCAUCCCAAAGCUGCAAAAUCUGGCUAUUCUGGUCGGAUGUUUUCUCCAUAAAUGUCCUUCAUGAUUCUGAUCAAUAUGUUUGCUGUGAAGUUAAAUUUACUCCUUGGGAUUUUUCGUUCUGUUUUGUUGCUGUUUAUGCCAAACACACCCGGGUGGAGCGUCAAACUCUUUGGGCCGAACUGAGUGAGCUGUUAGUUGAAGGAACACCUGUUUUAAUCGGUGGAGACUUCAAUGCUAUUUCAUCCAUUUCGGAAUACCUGGGAAGUUCCAUCCCGGAUCUUAAUAGUAUUGCGGACUUCUCCAACUUUAUCUCAGAUUGCAACUUGUAUGAUUUGCCCACGGUAGAUGGUUUUUAUUCUUGGUCUGGAAUUAGAAGAACCGGCAGAGUUUGGAAGAAUUCUUGGUCUGGAAUUAGAAGAACCGGCAGAGUUUGGAAGAGGCUAGACAGAUUUCUUAUGUCUACUAGCUUCAGAGACUUUUUCACUGAUGCCAGAGCAGGAAUGUCUAGCUUCAGAGACUUUUUCACUGAUGCCAGAGCAGGAAUGUUCAGCCGUACAUCGUCCGAUCACGCCCCUAUACUUUUCAGUGGACAUAAAGAAGAUUUUUCUGGACCGAGGCAGUUUCGAUUCCAAAAUAUGUGGAUUACUCAUCAUGGUUUUGACGAUCUUGUCUCUUCUAGUUGGAACGCACCGGCUUUUGGAGGUGGUAUGAGAGCAUUUGCUUUUAAACUAAAAAGAUUAAAGCUUGCACUUCGGGAAUGGAAUCGAAAUGUGUUUGGAAAUGUUUUUGAUAAGGUUCGUUCGGCUGAAGUUGCGACGGCAGAGGCCGAAUCACGAUUUGAUAUAGAUGCUACCCCGGAGAAUCGAGAACACAUGGCAAGACAACAAGCAAAUUUAUUGCUGGCCUUAAGACAAGAAGAAAUUUUCUGGAAGCAAAAAGCAAGGGUGAAAUGGCUUAGUGAAGGAGAUGCCAACACUAGAUUCUUUCAUAACUCGGUCCGGGAUCGUCACAGGAGACAGAGAAUUAGCUUCAUCCGAGGUUCAAAUGGAGAUUUUAUUUUUGAACAAGAGCUAAUCAAAUCUGAAGCUGUUUCUUUCUUUUCUAAAUUAUACUCAGAAGAACCAUGCUCAGAUGUAGAUGCAUUCAUAGCAAACAUCCAGCCUUCUGUUUCAGACUUGGAGAAUGCCACUCUUACAGCUGCUAUCACAAACCAGGAAGUAAAAGAAGCAGUCUGGGCCCUAGACCCGGACAGCGCUGCAGGGCCCGAUGGUUACUCCGGUUCCUUUUUCAGACACUGUUGGCACAUUAUUGAAGAUGAUCUUUACAUGGCAGUGCUAGAUUUCUUUGCGGGUGUUCCAGUACCACAAUCUAUAGGUAGUGCCCAAAUAAUGCUAAUCCCAAAAAAAUCGAAUCCAGAUUUUUUUGCAGACUUUAGACCCAUUUGUCUUUGCACCUUUAUCAGCAAGGUUUUUACCCGUAUCAUCAUGACACGGAUAAAAAAUUUGCUUCCCAAGUUGAUCUCAAGGGAGCAAACUGCCUUUGUAAGUGGCCGAAGCAUUCAAGAUAAUGUGCUUUUAGCACACGAGUUAAUCCACUACAUUAAUAAGAAAUGUAGAGGAUCUAAUGUUGCAGUGAAACUAGACAUGAUGAAGGCAUUUGAUAGAGUGGCAUGGCCAUUCCUUCGAGCAAUUUUGUUGAAGUUUGGGUUUGACCUGCAGUUUGUUAACCUGAUUUUGAACAAUCUAGCUUCAACUCGUCUGUCUAUUUUGGUUAAUGGAGUGAGCUGCGGUUAUUUCCCUCCAACUCGAGGAGUCAAGCAAGGCGACCCGCUCUCGCCAAUUCUUUUCAUUAUUGUCUCAGAGGCUCUGUCCAGUGCACUGAUAAGGGAGGUUGGCUCAGGUUUAAUCUCUCCAUACUAUACUUGCCCGAGUCUUCCUACCAUUUCUCACCUUGCUUUUGCAGAUGAUCUCCUGAUUUUCACAAAUGGAGGAAAGACCUCUCUCAAAAGGCUAUCCACAGUUCUCUCACGCUAUCAAUUGGCAUCUGGGCAACGAAUAAAUUAUCAAAAGAGUUUUUUUGUGACAGCAAAGCGCUGCCCAGCAAAUCGUCUCCGAACAAUGGAAAGAACUUUAAGCAUGAAAUCCUCCACCCUACCAUUCAGAUACUUGGGAGUCAACCUCUUUAAAGGAAGAAAUUUGGCAAUUUACUACCAGAUUAUUCUAGAGAAAAUUGAUCACAGUCUUCAAGGUUGGCAAAGAAAAUUCUUAUCUCCGGGAGGGAGAUUAACACUAAUCAAACAUGUGUUGAUGUCCAUUCCGGUGUACUCCUCGGCAGUAGUACAGCUACCGCGUAAAAUAGUACUCGAGAUAGAACGACGCCUUGCUAGAUUUUUCUGGGGCACCAAUGACAACCGCAACAAGUAUCAUUGGACUUCUUGGAGCAAGGUAUGUUAUCCAGUAGAUGAGGGAGGUUUGGGAAUUAGAUCGGUGACGGCAAUUCAGCAGGCUUUUGCUUCCCGUCUUUGGUUUAAGUUUCGAUCAUCCGACUCGAUUUGGAGUAGCUUUAUGAGACAUAGAUAUCCGGGCCCUAUCUUUGAUGCUCGACCAUCAGACUCCCAUAUCUGGAAAAGAAUGAUAAAAAUUGCAGAUGAAGCAGAGGAUUGUAUGAUGGACUCCUCAAAUGGUCUAAUCUGGACUCCUUCGAGCAAUGGGGAACAUUCCAUUGCUUCGGCAUACAAUUUCUUCCGCCCGAAAGCAAGUAGAACACUAUCAACGCAGUGUUUUUGGAACCGCAACAUACCACUGAAAAUAUCAAUCUUUAUGUGGAGACUAUUCAGACGUGCUCUUCCAUUCCCAGAAGCUUUGCUACGUUUCGGUCUCAACCUGGUCACGGUAUGCCCUUUCUGCUGGAAUUCAAAUAUUUCAAUGGAACACUGUUUUCUCUCAUGUGAAGUUGCUAAGGCGGUUUGGCACCAUUUUGGCUCAAUUUUUGGUAUUGCAUUGAGUCAAGUCACGUCCUUUCGCUCCAUUUGCCAUACUUGGUGGAUACAUUCGAAUGGUGGCUCUGCUGUUCAUAUUUUCAAUGGGAUUUUGCCUAGCUUCAUUCUAUGGGAAUUAUGGACAGCAUAUAAUUCGGCUAUUUUCGACGGGGUCAAAGUGACUAGCCUAAUUGCUACCUUCGCUCCCAAGAAAAGAUCUAUUAUUUCAUGGAUUAAGUGGCUUAGGCCACCUACUGGACGAUUAAAGCUCAACACCGAUGCAGCCUUUUCUUCAUUGAGAAGUGCAGGAGGAGCCUGCUUACGUGACUCCAGUGGAACUCUUAUAGCUGCCUUGGCCUUCCCUAUUGCUGCAUCAUCUGCACUGGAGGCAGAGACUUUUGCUUUGGAUUUUUCCCUCCGUUGGUGUGAUCUUACGGCUAAACGGCCCCAGUAUAUUGAGGUUGAUUCCAAAUUCCUGGCUUCUCUCAUUUCUUCUCCAGCUUCUCAGAUUCCAUGGCGGAUUAGAGAUGCAAUCGCUCGCAUUAAGGAAUAUCUUGCUUUCAACAAUUCUACGAUUUCUCAUGUCUACCGUGAAGCAAAUUCUACUGCUGAUGCACUAGCUUCUUUUGGCCUCUCUUGCACGGAACCCACUGUUUUCUUCUCUUUCGAUUUGGUGCCGGAAUCGGUUCUCUCUUCUUAUUUGCAUGAUCUUAGGGGUUUUUCAGCUCCUAGACGCUUAUAUCAAUAA